UAAAAAGCGAGGGGUCCUGAACUUUCUCUUCACAUUUCUCUUGCUUGAGAAAAGGAUCCUAGAGCAAUUGGAAGAAAACAAAAUGGGAAAGCUUACACUUAUUGCAGGACUGGGCUUGGUGCUCUGCCAUGUUGCCGUCUCCAUGGACAUGGGCUGCUACUUCACCAACUGGUCUCAGUACAGACCUGGAAUUGGAAAGUAUACGCCUGCAAAUGUCGACCCUUUCCUUUGUACUCACCUUCUCUACGCUUUUGCGAUGAUCAACUAUGCCAACGAGCUGGUCACCUACGAGUGGAACGAUGAAGUUCUCUACAAGGCCUUCAAUGAACUCAAGAACACAAACCCCCAUCUGAAAACUCUCCUGGCUGUUGGUGGAUGGAACUUUGGUUCAUCACAGUUCUCCAUCAUGGUGUCCACUGCUGCAAACCGUCAGAAGUUUAUUCAGUCUUCCAUCAAUUUCCUGAGAACUUACGGAUUUGAUGGUUUGGACUUGGACUGGGAAUACCCUGGAUCAAGAGGAAGUCCACCUGAAGACAAACAAAGAUUCACACUGCUGUGCAAGGAACUUAUUGAGGCCUAUGAGGCUGAGGGCAAAGCUACUGGCAGACCCAGACUGCUGCUGAGCGCUGCUGUAGCAGCUGGUAAAGGGACAAUUGAUGGAGGAUACGAGAUUGCUGAGAUUGCCAAGUCCUUGGACUUCAUCAAUGUGAUGACUUACGACUUCCAUGGAACUUGGGAGAGUUUCACAGGACACAACAGCCCCCUGUACCAAGGCUCAAAGGAUGAGGGAGAAUUGAUCCACUUCAAUGUCGAUUCCGCUAUGCGCUAUUGGAGAGACAACGGUACCCCUCUCGAGAAACUCAGAAUGGGUUUUGCCACAUACGGUCGCACUUUCCGUCUGUCAUCUGCAGAAACUGGCGUUGGAGCCCCAGCUAGUGGACCUGCUGCAGCUGGAACCUACACUCGCGAGGCUGGAUUCUGGUCUUACUAUGAGAUCUGUGGAUUCCUAGCGGGAACAACCCUCCAGUGGAUUGAGGAUCAGAAGGUGCCUUAUGCCACAAAGAACAACGAGUGGGUUGGAUUUGACACCAAGGAGAGCUACGAAACUAAGGUCCGUUAUCUGAAAGAUCAAAACUUUGGUGGAGCCUUUGUCUGGGCGCUUGAUCUGGAUGACUUUGCAGGACAGUUCUGUAAUCAGGGGAACUAUCCUCUCAUGGGUCAUCUGCGCAAUCUUCUGGACAUCGAAUUGCCUCCUCUGCCUCCAACCACCACCCUCAAACCCGGACAAACAACCACAACUACCACAACAACAACCACCACCACCACUCAUGCUCCAGGAUCAGGAUUCUGUAAUGGAAAACCCGAUGGACUCUAUGCUAACCCUGAUGACCCCAGCAAAUACUACAACUGUGCAGGAGGCAAUACUUAUGAAAGCAGCUGCGGUGCAGGUACCGUGUUUGAUGACAGCUGUAAGUGCUGUAACUGGCCCAAGCGCAGUCACUAAUGUGAAAACAGCAGAAGAGGACACUGAAAAUUUGUUUAAGAAGAACCUCAGGAAAAACUAAACUUCUGUGACUACAACUAUUUAAUGUAAAAGAAAUUAGUGUGUACUGAACUGAAUUACUAAAUAUGUGCUGUGUUUUUACAUAACUCUCCUGUGAAUCUAAUUAUUAUAUGAUUGCUGUUAGCACAACUGCUAAAAAAAUGUACACAACUCAAAAGCUCAUAUUAAUAAACAA